GUUUACUGGGUUUGUUACCACCACAAUUACGCUGUUACGUGUUAAUAAUCGUGAUGCUGCUUUGUUUCAGGGACACAUCGGUGAAAAUCCAUUCGACAACGGUUCGUGGGGAAAGGAGCAUUUUCAGCCAUCGACAGUUCCCUGGCAGUUGAAUCCGCGCAGCCACGGUCGUCCUAGUGACGAUGGCAUAAUGGAUCAUGAUACAGACGGAGACGGCGCGAUCAACUUGUCAACGUCACAGCGACCCUCCGCCGCCACCACCCCUAAUGGUGAUACUCCCACUUACGGCCAAGAUCAACAAGACAACGAUCAGGCUACUUCGCUGUUCGCAGCCCUGAAGCAGCAGCAACAGCAAUCGCGCGACAGCGUCUUCUCGUCGCGGGACCGCGAGUGCCGCGACAGGGAUCGCCUGUCCACGGCCCGCAAUCGCGAGUCCGGCAGAGGUAAUAUAGCGGAGUCCGGCGGUGGCGUUGCUGAUCAGCAACAGCAGCAGCAGCAGCAGCAGCAGGAUCUCAGCAUCGAGUACCAGAGCAAUGGGAAGCUCAGUCCCGCCGGACACGUAGUGACACCAGCACCCAUGACCCAGCAAAAGCAACCAAUCAUCACGCAGCAAUCGCAACAGCCCAGCUCAGGGGCACCAGGGCCCCAACCUAGCCCGCAUCAGAGCCCGCAAGCCCCACAGAGGGGUUCACCGCCGAAUCCUUCCCAGGGCCCGCCACCCGGUGGCCCGCCAGGGGCUCCGCCGUCGCAGACCGCCUCGCAGAUGAUGCUCAGCUCGGCUCAGAGCGGCCUCCAUCAGAUGCAACAACUGCUGCAGCAACACAUACUCAGCCCCACGCAGCUGCAAUCCUUUAUGCAGCAGCACACGUUGUACAUGCAGCAGCAGCAACAGCAACACCAUCAGGAUUCAUCUUCCGAUCAUGCAUCUAAUCAGGAGCGGUUCGGUUAUUUCUCGUCUUUGAAGAAUCAUCAGCAUCAACUCGCGGAACUCAACAAAAAGCAACUGGAGCAAGCAAUGCAGCAACUGCAGGAACAAUUGCAGCUGAACUUAUUUCAGCAGACGCAUUUAUUGCAAACGGCGGACAAGAAGAAGGCGUCGGCGACUCUUCAGCAACUAGCGAUUCAGCAGCAGCAACUGAUACAGCAACUGCAGAUCACACAAAGGCAAUAUCUGUUGCAUCAAGGACUGAGUCUUCAAGGUCAUAACCCCUCUUCAGGCUUGCCACCGGGUGACAAUCUCCCAUCAUGGAAGUCAGAGCCCUCGGAUACGCCGGAAUCUCACCAGAAUUCCAAUGUGUCGAAAUCCAAUUCCGGAUUGAACGGCAUUCUGAAUUCGAUAGCUUCGAGCCGACGAUCCGAGGUGAAUGGCACAGCACCGAUGGACGAGAAGCCGCUGGAUGUCUCCUGCAACGACAAGGUUCAUCCCCUUUAUGGCCAUGGGGUUUGCAAGUGGCCAGGCUGUGAAGUAAUUUGUGAAGACUAUCAAGCAUUCCUUAAACACUUAAACACGGAGCACACAUUGGACGACCGAUCGACAGCGCAAGCUAGGGUCCAGAUGCAAGUAGUGUCGCAGCUGGAAAUUCAGUUGCAAAAAGAACGAGACCGACUAGGCGCUAUGAUGCAUCAUUUGCAUAUGGCAAAACAAAUGGCUUCCCCGGAACCGCCAAAGUCAUCCGAGUCAUCGACGGGCUCGAAUUUACCAAAGCUAAACUUUUCCACCGCUCUGAUGAGUCAGCCGCCGCCCAACUUCGGGGUCUCCCAGGUGUCACCGGUGUCCAUGUCCGCGCUAGUGUCCGCCGUGAGGUCGCCCGCGGGUGGUCAGCUACCCCCGUCGGUUGGCAGUGCCCCGAUGCCGCCACUUCCGACCAUACCCAACAUGUCGAGUUUACCGCCCAUGCCAAACAUGCCUGGCAGCAUGCCGAGUAUGGCUGGUCCAAUUAGACGGCGCAUCAGCGAUAAGUCAGCUCUUUCGCUGGCAGGAGGACUGUAUGACGAGGGCAAUGUAAGGCGCAGAGUAGCCGUCGAUAGAUCUGGAAUAGAUAUUAACGAAGAAAUUCAGCGAAAUAGGGAAUUCUACAAGAAUGCAGACGUCAGACCACCGUUCACGUAUGCAUCCUUAAUUCGGCAGUCCAUCAUCGAAUCUCCCGAGAAGCAGCUGACGCUCAACGAAAUUUACAACUGGUUCCAAAACACAUUCUGCUACUUCCGGCGCAACGCAGCAACGUGGAAGAACGCGAUCCGCACCAAUCUAUCAUUGCACAAGUGUUUUGUGCGCUAUGAGGACGACUUCGGGUCAUUCUGGAUGGUGGACGACGCCGAGUUCGUAAAGCGGCGGCAUCUGUCCCGCGGCCGCCCCAGGAAAUAUGACCCAACCCCAUCACCCACUCCACCCCACCUCUCCGCACAGGGUGUACCGUCGAAGAGCCCAACGCUGACGCAUAGUCCUACUAUGUACGGUGAUGCGCUUAAUGCCAACCUGCAGUAUUUCCAGGCACUCGGAGAGUCUAACAUGGGAUUUUUGAAUCCGAUGUGCACGUCAACAGCGACAAGUCCUGACAAGGAACACGUGUUACCUCAUAAUGACUUAAUGUCGCCGCUGGAUGAACCGGCCGUGCACAUAAAGCAGGAGAGCCAGAGCCCGGAAGGAGGGAAGCACACGAGAUUAAUAAAGCGCGAGUUGCCGGACGGCCCCAUGGAGACGGAGACGGAGGAGGAUCAGGCGGACGAGAGGGAGUACUCGGAGAGCCACGGCCACGACUCCGGCCAGGACGAGGACAUAGCGGAGGACCUGUCGAUGGCGCCGGACAUAAUGAUCCCGGAGGAUCAGGUCGAGGCGUAGUACCGUUUCGUCGCGAUGAACCGAUAAGAACGAUAAGCGUGUAUACAAGGUGCGUCCCGUUUGCUCGGCCGCGCGAAGAGAGGAGCCCUUCUACGUUGACCAGGGUAGAGUAGGGAAGAGAACGGCGGUGAAAGAGCGGAGGUGUGAGAAUGCGACAGAAGCGGAGAUUCCAAGAGGACGAAGAGGGCCCUCCAGGACCACCCACCCCCUCCACACGCUCCUCCUUCGUACGAGUCCCCCCCUCAACGUAUCAUAUCUGCGCCGCGACGUCCCUACGGCGGCAUCUGAGGUAACGAAAGGGAGCCAAACGGAAUUUGUGAGAGGACACUGUCGAUUGAGCGGUGCCACCGGCCGACGAUGUCAACGUCGUAAUCUUCGGGAGCGAUCCUUCGAUCCAUAUCCUUACUCAAGCAAUUGCGAACAACGAUGUAUUUUAUUUUCCUCUCGGUCUCUUUUUCCGUUCCGGAGCCGCGGUUAUUAUCUAAUAGACACGUAUACAUAAAUAUAUACAUAUAUCUUUCUCUCUUUCUCUCUCUCUCUCCCUUUCUCUCGUGUACAUUGCAUUAGAGACUAAUGUAGCGAUGAUAGGGCACCGUGCACGGCGCGCCUUGCGGUCGGCGCGCCUUACCGGGCGCCCCGGAAACGCGACGGGAAGUACCCUUCGCCGGAGGAACCGAUGCAUCUCGUGCUGGCAUGCACGCGUAGAUAAAGCACCCCGGAUACGGUAGCGAGCCUACCGUGCUACGCGCGACAUAGCUUCAUCGCAAACAAUCGAAAAUGUACCGCGUGUUGCGUUUCUGCGCGUGGUACGAUAUUUUAUACUUUGCGCUUUGAGAAAAUUAAAUCGGUUUGUUUCGAUCGUGAUUGGUUCGAUAAUUGACGCGACUCCGACUCCGACGUCGUGGAAAACGCGAAGCAACGUGCCGCACAUUCGUCGGAUAAAAGGCGAACGAGCAAGACGAGAAGCAACGCGCGGUUCCGCCGGAGAAGCGAAUCGAUCGGACAGUCCGGCGGGAUUGAAUCUAGGAAAUAAAAUCGACGAAGCCGUGGCGGCGGUGGCGGUGGUGGUGGGUACGUACGGGAGCGACUGAGUUUAGUCUUUAAGGCGUUCGUCCGGCGGAGACGAAGAGCGACGUGUUACUCGCGCGAUCAAGCGGGUUCCUCCCAGCCCUCGAAGAGGUCCCCGGUAUCAUACACAUACAAGUUAAACUAAGAAUCGCAUCCGCGACGAGACCGGAUGCGUCCCGGCGUACCCGUCCGCUACACUUGGUAGCACUCUGUAUAGUCUAGCGAAGUUGAUCGUAAGUAGUUUCGUAUUCAUUAAGCGGUAAUUAACGGAGCCGAAGGAGGAAGAGGAAAGAGCGGUCGGGAGGCGGUCGACGUUUGUAAAUGAGCGCUACAACACGAGCGACGCGCGCGCGCGCGGCGAUCCUUCAAAUUACUUUCCGAUCGAGCCGGUCAGGAGUCCGCGAUGCAGAACGAUAUUAUAGGUGUAUUAUCUGUGCGUAGCUCCGCGAGAGAGACGAUCGAUGACACUCGAGCGAACGUUACGAAUGGGGAUAAGUGGGAAGAUCGCUAACGCGACGUUUUAUAUUCAAUUAACGUGCAUGUACAUCUCGCGGCCAACGAAAUUACAGAUUUCACGCUAACACCAUUCGGUCUCGACGGUUUGUUUUUUUGUACAAUAAAUAUAUAUAUAAAUAUACAUAUAUAUUUAACUUCACCGUUUCUAAGGUAUAGGAUAGACUCAGCGCCGUAGCGAGAUGGUGCUUUUCAAGUUCCGACACGUUGAAAGCUGGCGCUUCAGCGUCUUGGACGAUUAACAUAAAAAUUUCGAGUUGUUAGGUAUUACGCGUUCAAGAUUAUAUUAUAGUUAUUAGCACUUCCUUCUGUGAUACGUGAUGAAUAUAUAGUAAGACCACUAUAUUUAAUUAUAUAUACAUAUACAUACAUAUAAUUAAGGGACUCUUAUAUAUAUAUAUCUAUACGUUACAAGUCGUUUUUGGUUGCUAAGUCUAUUGUAUAUCAACGUUUCCGAUCAAUUACAGGCAGUUUAUACCGAUGUCGCGCCAUUCGAGUGUCGAAAAAAAGUAUUGCAUAAAACGAUGGCAAAAGUAUCACGUUAAUGAUCUCCCUACUUCUCUAAGCAUGAAGUCUUUAAAUAAAUUAAAAAAAGGUACCAUGUAUGCAUAUAUACAUAUAUUAAUACGUAUACGUAUCGAAAUUAUAAGGAAUUAGAUGUCGACAGCCCUCUCCAUCAAGAUUUUUUCCCCUCAGCCCCUUCCGAUCCUAGUCCUGCUGUAUGCGCACCGAUCGAGGCCAGUAGGUCUCUUCGAAAGUGCGCGGUCUCCGAAACACAAGUGUAGAAAGCGCGCUCGCGUCGGUACGGCGGGCACUUUAAAUCGUACGAAUCGUACGAACCUACCGAAUAAUUCGAGUUUCUCCUGAGCCGUCAGUAUUUUUUUCCUUUGGUCCCCGUGCGUAUUUAAUAUAACACAUUCGCCGAGCUUAGAGGCUUAGUUUAAUUGCCACGAGGCGCCUAAUGUCACCUCUGCGCGGUGAUUGGUGAAAACGAAAAGCGUAGCUGUGUAUUUUUUGUUAGAUCGUAACGAGACAUUAUGUGCAAUUCGGAAAAUUAUUUGAGUUGGGUAUGCAAAGUUACUUGUGAAUGUAAAAUAUUUAAUUUCAAGAUGAAUUAGCGUAACUUCGCAUCGUCAUCGAAUUGUGUGAGGACUUUUUUUUUAUAUAAGUUUGGAAGGAUCUUCCACGUUCCUUUGAUAUUGUCAUACGUAGUUGUCUACUUGUAGUUUCAGUUGCAAUUCCAGUUGUAACAAUUCUGAUUUUAUCGACGUUAUUGCAAUAAUUGGACAUUGAUGUUUCAGUGCACUUAUGCUGUAAAUAGAAAGUGCGGGAGUUUGUGAAAUUUUACGAUGAGCCCCCUUUUUAAGCGAGCGACGCUAAGACGUUUUUAGAAGAUAAAAUUGUUUUCUACAUCUCUUAAACGUUAGAGAUAACAUCUUCCCUAUUAUUUUUCUAACAUUUCCUUUAUUGUUGCGAAAAGAAACGACUCAUCUCGAAUCACAAUUAGCUUGGACCUUAGAGUAGAAAUUCACGAACUUUCGUAGUUUAAUAAAACGAUACAUGCAAAACUAACGGUCAAUUUUAUUAACGAAUAAACGCAUUACACUUUGUUCGCCAGUCUGAGCAGCUGUCUUUUUCCAAUUUUGGGCAACGGAGCUAUAAUAACGCGAAUGUACGGAUUAGAGUAUUUUAGUAAACAAUCAAAUAAAACUAAGAAUAUUACUGAUAUGAUACAAGCAUUAUGAAUUUUAUACUUGAAUUUGAAAUUUUCGACAGUCGAAUUGACUAUACGUGCACACAUAGCUUGCACAUAAAUCUUUUCUGUGAACUUUCUUAUUCCGUAACCUUUAUUAUUACGGCUUUUUUAUACAUUGGAUACUUGUAACAUGUGCAUAGAGCGUCAAUAGUUUCACUUCGGUUAUUGCAGGCAUUGUUUUAUCAUUUCCGAUUAAAGAAACGUUUCUUAACUUUCACAAUUGCAAUUAUAAUAUUACCACUUCCCAAACGUAUUAUUUGACAAAGUAUAAAAUACAAAUUGCGUAACUUUCGAGUUGUAAGUAAUUUCAAAUCGACACGGCCCAACUUUAAUUAACAAGACAUACAUAUCUGCGUUGUGAGGCUUGACAGAUUUGAAUCGCUGAAUAAUUUAAAACACGAAAUUGAUACUUGCAUGUACUCGUCCUGGGUGUAAACCUCCGCAGGGUUAAGGAAUAAUUAAAUCACACGCGCAUAGACGGAAAGACAAGCGUAAGGAGCGAGAGAGAAUGCGAGGUGUGUAUGUGUACGUCUGCAUUUUUGUGCGAGGGUAUAAACGUUCGGCAGUCACCUGGUUCACCUGAUGAAAUUUUGCGAGGUUCAGUGCCGUUCGGGCUUGCUUUCGCGUAUGGUACUAUUAAUAAUCUAAGUCUAUAUGUAUUAUGUAUAAUGAAUUAAGAGAAACUUGACACACACACAUACACACACACACACACACAAACACAAACACACACAUGUACGCCAUAGAAGACUCCUGUAAAUAAUUAAACUCAUCGAGGCAUUAGGAAUUUGCGCAUACGUCACUCGCGGACGGAUGAUUUUGCCGAUAUCGCGGCUCGUAUAUGCGGUAUGCAUGUGUGCGCAUGAGUGUAAUUGUGUAUGCGAGUGCACGCGUUAAUUACCCGUUAACCCCGUAAUCCCGUCUGCAUUUAAUUUCGACUCUUGAAGUCUCUCUCUCUCUCUCUCUCUCUCUCUCUCUCUCCCCCUCUCGAUGUUCUCGGGAGGAUAAUUCGACGGAAGACAUUUUCUCGUUUUGCCGGGUGAACGUUCGUCACGUCGCGGGGAGGAGCGGGGCCUGACGACCGGAUAAUUUAUAAUUGAUAAUCGGUUAAUUGAUCGAUCAAGCGCCGCGUCGCGUGACGUUUUGGGCGUGCUCGCGCAACGCGUAUCUGCUGCUGAAUCUUUUUGUAUUAUGACAAUGUUACAUGUACUCCCCCACAGAUGCUUUAUUAUUAAUGUUUUCCUUUUCUCUUUUUCUUUUUGUUAUGUUUGUUAAUGAGGGCAAUUUGGAUUUAUGUACGCGGGCAUUGCGAUCGAUUAGCGCGCAAUUCGGGCGAGAGAUUAUUUCGUUAUGUUGCUUACGCAGUGCUGUAGAAAUUAUAGCUUUUAAUCGUGCCGCGUAAAACUUUGCAAAACGCUCGAACAAUAAUUGCCGAUAACGAACCCGAUGAUCAAUCAGCCAUGCAUUACCUGGCGUUUUAUUGCUUUGCUUUCACCAGAACGACGGCGGUUCUGUGCAAUCAUAUCAGAUAGCUCCAAGUACUCAACAUGAACAGUGCCAAAUCGAUGCUAAUGUUCAUUGUUUUUUUUUUAAAUAAAAAAACCAAGAUAGUCGGAUAAAAAUAUUUGGACUCCGAAAAAAUCUAUUUAUUGCUAAUUUCCGAAAGUUUUUGUUUUAGAUGUUUUCCUAGGUAGAUGCUAGAAACAUUCGAUACAGCGCGUCGACGAAAUGAAAUGGCGAUUCGUCGUAUUUUGUGGAAUAAGUAAUUGAUUAAAUAUCCGAAUACAUUGCAAUUUCGAUACAUUGUAUAUCUGUGAUCGAGAUGGGCAUGUUCAUGAGAAAUUUCAUCGCGUUCCACUCAACAGUCUCACGAGUGUGUGCGUAACACGUCGUAAGGAUUCCCGGCAAAUGAAGCAUUCCCUCGCAAUCAAAUCAAACGCGUUAGAAGGACGUACAAACAAAUAUGGUUUUUAACGUAAAAUAACGUACCUAUAAUCUCUGGUAAAAUUGUAGAGUAUAAUUUUCUACAUGUUCCUCGUCUCUUUCUCUUUGUUGUAUUAUAUAAUUUAAAGUAAUUUGCACGGAAAGAAAAAGCACAAGGUGGUUGUUAUCGCAAUUCGAGCUCACGCAAAGAUGUAAAUUCCAUGAAGGACGACCGUAUAAUCGAUCGAGUAGGAUACCGCCGGCAUAAAUUGAAAACGAUUGCAUUCUCCUACAAUGUUUAUUGUCUGGAUUAUACUUUGUUAAGUAUUUAUAUGAUAAGUUGCCUUGUAAAAAUGUACCGAUUUUACUAAGAAAUUAAAUGUGUUACUAAAAGAAAA